AUGUCUGUCCUUACAUUCCGGCUAAUAAUAUGGAUUCCUGUGGAACAGGGUGGCAAAUGUGCAAGUGGUUCUGUUGAUAGAUCAUUAGUAUUCGGGACCUCAAGCAACAUUCGAGUGGCACCGGGGUCACCUGGAAAGUCCUACUCGUGGAAGGAGAAAGGAUAUACAAGUUGCAGUGCGUCUUGUCUAAGCGGUGUUCAGGAGCUGAUCAUCCAAUGCGUUCGAGAUGAGGACGGUAAGAACGCAUCUCCAUACAUGUGCGACCCUUUGACGAAACCCGAGAACAGGGUGAGGACAUGUAACGACCACCCGUGCCCUCCCAGAUGGAACUACACGGAGUUUUCGCAAUGCACCAAGUCCUGCGGCAUCGGAAUACAGACGAGAGAGGUGUCGUGUAUCCACGAAGUGACGCGCGGCGGCACCAACACCGUGGUGGUGCCGAACAGCAUGUGCCCCCAACCACCGCCGCCAGAUAGACAGUACUGCAACGUGCUGGACUGUCCCGUUAGGUGGCACACUGGUGACUGGUCCAAAUGCUCCAAGACUUGCGGCGGCGGCGUGAAGCAGAGAGAGGUGGAAUGCAAGCAAAUCAUGGCGCAAUCACACGUGGUCGAGAGGCCGCCAUCCCUCUGCAACAGUCCGAAGCCGGCCUCUACCAAAUCCUGCAACAGCAGGCCCUGUCUGCUCGACACGUCAUCCCCCGAGAUAUCGUUGGCCAACUCGUCGUAUAUCCAACACGAUCCAAAGAAAAAGAAGGUUACCGUGAAAGUUGGGGGAUCGGCGACGAUUUUCUACGGGACCCAAGUUAAAAUCAAGUGCCCCGUCAAAGGAUACAACAGGACCAAGAUACAGUGGGCGAAAGAUCACCAAAUCAUCGCGAAGUCGAAGAAGUACAAGAUUUCCAAGAAGGGCGCUCUUCUUAUCACUUCCCUGUCACUCCGCGAUCAUGGCGUCUACACGUGCGUCGCUGGCAGAUCCAGUGCCAAUCUGACCCUGGUUGUGAAACCCCGCCCUGGGGAAUUCCCGUCCAGCGAAGAGAUCGAGAGGCACAAGGUCCUGGACGAUCCGUCCUCCCCGCUCUCUGACAGAACGGAUGGUCGAUAUCGGGCGAUGGUAGGUGGCAGGUCCGAUGAUCAAUCGCACGAGCAACGUCCGGGAGACCAAAAGAAGACAUACAAGAACAGACAGAGAGGCAAAUUAGACAAAGUUAGAGACGCGUUGUACGGCAGCUCGGGAACCACUACUAAAUCACCAAGCUACAAUUCUCAAGCCAGAGAUAUCUACGACGAGAACGAGGAGAGCGCGGUCUCUUCUCGGAUGCUCCCGCCAAAAUCGAGCAGUGCCUCCAGAUUGUUACCGUGCCUGCAUUACAUUAUAAUGCAAAUACAGAUGUUUUGGAAUUUCCAGACAAUCGGCAACUCUCGUGGACAGAGGAUGGUCGAUCCAAUAGCGAUGUACCAGAACCGAGUGACACCACUCAAAACGCACAUAGUAAAUCUUCAGGACAAACAGAUAGUGUUCCCGGAAGACGACGAUUCUGACAUAAUAAUCGUUAACGAAGAUUACAAUAGGAAUACGAUCGAAGAAGGUAUAGUUGAGAGCGUAAGAGAAGAUCUACAUGGUUUAGUCGAAGAUACUACCGAACAUACAGAAAAAUUGUCCGAGAUUCCAAGCGAUGCCAAAGAAUAUUCUUGGAUGACAACCGACUGGUCUGUAUGCAGCGCCCUAUGUGGACAGAAAGGGCACCAAGUUAGAGGGGCAAUUUGUCAGCACAAAAGGGACAACAUAACGAGGGCAGUGGAGGCUGACGAAUGUCUUAGGAGGGGGGUGGAGGCGCCAAAGGUGCUGCUUGAAUGUUCAGGUGUCGACUGCGCCACGUGGCGCGCGACCCCGUGGUCACAGCCGAGAUGUUUGGCAAGCGGUGCUGCUGUAGUACGCCGGCGUGUGGAAUGCACGAGCAAAAAUGGUACCACAUUUCCCGAUAACUUCUGCUCGUUCAGCACACGACCGGAGAAGACCAGGCGAGAGUCAACGCCCUGCAAAGCAGCCUGGGCCGUUGGGCCUUGGAGCAAGUGUAUAGGCGAGUGUGGUGGCAGUGGGCGUCAACACCGCGUGCUGCGCUGCGUUUGGCGUCCCAGCCCCAGCGCUGGGAAGGCGAAACGCAAGCGCGAGAGAAGCGCCGGGGCCGCCUGUGAAGGUCUGCGCCGCCCCAACGUCACCAAACUCUGCGGCAUCAUCGCUUGCCCUCUAAAAGAUGGUGUCUGCAGGGACACGUCCAGAUACUGCGAGAACGUGCGCGCUAUGAACAUGUGCGCACUGCAGCGCUACAAAGAGCAAUGCUGCAAGACCUGCGACAAC